AUGGUUGGUGUGCCUCGGAGCAAUGGCUGCUCACUCUGUGUUAAACGCCGAGUCAAGUGUGAUCAAAGACUUCCUGGUUGCGCCAAAUGCGACAAGUAUGGGCAACCUUGCCCUGGAUAUGACCGGGGCUUCAAGUUUAUUACUGGAAAGCCAUAUCGGGAUCGGCGUCAACCCAAUCCAAGGAAAGAUACAAAGGACGGAACACGUUCUAUGAGUGCAACCUCGAAUUCUGAAGUUGAUCUUGAGCCAACCUGCCAGGCUCUGGCCCAGGGAGAGAAGCCAUCUUCUCUUAUUUCCGUGGAUAUGAAUGUUGUGCAACAUCUUUGUGUCCUCAUUGAUGAUUUUUCUCAACCAUACACCCCCACUCCAACACAUGUUGUGGUCAAAUGGUUUGGGUUUCUUCCCUCCAUUUAUGGCCAAAAUCGGGUAUUGGAUGCCACCAUAAGGUCUUUCACAGCACAUCAUUUUGGGCGCAGUACCCAAAAUACCCAAAUGGUGUCGUAUGCCCGAUCAGCUUAUGGGGAAGCCUUGCGCGGGCUCCGGAAAUCGCUGGAAACUCCCGCGGAAAGUCUAUCGUCUCAUGUAUUUUGUGCAGUAGUGCUGCUAUGCAUGUAUGAGCUUUUCACAGACACCGAGAACCCAGAGUCGUGGAUGAAGCACGCCAAAGGGCUUAGCCAGCUGGUACAGAUUCGAGGGCCAGAUAGGUACAACACUAAGCUUGAUAUAACGUUACUCAAAGCUGCCCGAGGAUUGAUUGUGAUGCACUCAAUGUUCUCCGGUGAGGAGUGCUUUUUAGCCUCCGAUGAGUGGCAUGAUAAGAUGCGACAGCAAUACACAUCAGACUUGCCCCCAGAAAUGCACAACAGCAUCGAACUAUUCUUUGCAUAUUUCACAUAUGCUCCAAGUCUUGUGCAUAAGCUCUAUGGUUUGAGACAUGUCGACGUUACUAGUGUCGAAGCUCUACAAACAAUCUCAGAGGUCCUGUCCAAAGCCCUCGAGAUGCAGAUGAAACUGGCUAUAUGGUAUGAGCAAUUUUCUCAACUCGCACCACCGCCAACCGAAACUCUCUCCUCAACUGGGGAUGAACUAUAUCCGAUUAUCCUCACAUAUACAGACGUGAGCUAUGCAACGAUCUACUGCGGUUACUAUUCCUACAUGGUAAUCAUUCAUGAAAUUUUGAAGACUUGUGGCUACCCCGGUGAGCAUGGAGCCAUGGUUGCCUAUUUCAGAGAUCAAAUUUGCAAGUCAGUCGAAUACAACAGUGUGGGAGUAAUGGGUCCAUACCGAAUGGGGUUUCCUCUCCGCGUGGCAUUCGAAAUUGCGGAUCCAGUGACAAGAUCUUGGAUCUUGAACCGCCUUGAACAAUUUUCAAAUAUCUACGCAGCCGCUCAGCCAGAGAACUAUCAAACCGUCUUGUGA